GCCACAGCCACACCUUCUCUACCUGUCAGCAGAGAGCCACACACACGCCACCCAACGCUGAUAAUGAGCUGACACCUUCACAAAAGAUUAAAGAUUGUCAACAGAAGAUGCAGGGACGUGUACUCAUCGGCUUGGUGACUGUGUUACUCUUGGCUCCACAGUGCCAUGGUAAAGACUGGGAUGAGUUGGUGCCAGACGUCGUUAAGAAAUUGGAGAGGAUGUGGCAGCAGGGGAAAGGUGAAGUGAACCUAUUAGGUCACCCCUGUAUCCUCGAAGUUCACCUGGAUGACCAUAAACGCCAUCAGGCCACCUUCACCUGCCCGACCUUAUCUGACAUACAAGGAAGAGCAACUUCCCGUAACAAAUUCGGGGUGAUCCAAGGAAUUGUUCACGACUACUUCAAGAAGGCCAUUAAGAAGGAGGUAAUUACUGAGGUGAAGGUAGAUCAUUGGCUCACGUCCUAAGUCCAACUACUCAUUCUCAAGUCCGAUAGUUCAAGUCUGAAGAAAAGUCCAACUAUUCAUUCUCAAGUCUAACGAUUCAAUUCCUUUAAGUCCGGUCACUCACUUUUAAGUCCGAUGUUCUAAGUGGUUAGUCCAAGAUUUUUAAGUCCGGCCUGUUAGUCGUAAGUCCAAGGUUGUUAAUCCAUUCCUUCACACACAAGUUCAGCUCCAUCCAAUUACUCGCAAGUCCAAAAAUCCCAAGUCCUGUGAAGGGACAAAUCUGAUACAAGUCCUAACAUUUGCUUCUCACUCCCCUCUAAGUCCUUGGCCUUGUGGAUAACACGUCGGACUUGUUCCCUUGUUAUAUUACAAUUAGGUGUUAUGUUAAUUACACCCUGAGGUUGUUAAUUACACCCUGAGGUUGUUAAUUACAUCCUGAGGUUGUUAAUUACACCCUGAGGUUGUUAAUUACAUCCUGAGGUUGUUAAUUAAACUCUGAGAUUGUUAGUUACACUCUAAGGUUGUUAAUUACACUCUGAGGUUGUUAAUUACCUUCUGAGGUUGUUAAUUACACCCUGAGGUUGUUAAUUACACUCUGAGGUUGUUAAUUACACUCUGAGGUUGUUAAUUACCUUCUGAGGUUGUUAAUUACACCCUGAGGUUGUCAAUUUCACCCUGAGGUUGUUAAUUAACCUCCACAAUCUUAAGUUCAUUUCCCUAAGUCCAAUAUUCUGGACUUACUGAUGAGGCCACAGGUUCAAGUCCAAAUGUUGAACCAAUGACGUGGAGGUUAGGUUUGGUUACGUUAGGUUAGGUUUGGUUAGGUUAAGUUAUUGUUGAUUUAAUUUCUUGGCCUUAAGAACUGGUGCCAAUUAUCCCAGUUGUAAUGGGAUUCAGUUCUAAUUGGCACCAGUUUAAUGGGUCUUAGUUGUAAUUGGCCCCAGUUGUAAUGGGUCUUAGUUGUAAUUGGCCCCAGUUGUAAUGGGUCUUAGUUGUAAUUGGCCCCAGUUGUAAUGGGUCUUAGUUGUAAUUGGCACCAGUUGUAAUGGGUCUUAGUUGUAAUUGGCACCAGUUGUAAUGGGUCUCAGUUCUAAUUGGCCCAGUUGUAAUGGGUCUUAGUUGUAAUUGGCCCCAGUUGUAAUGGGUCUUAAUUGUAAUUGGCCCCAGUUUAAAGGGGCGUCUCUUUUUGCAUUUAGAUAAGAUUUGCUUUGUUUUUUCAUAACUGGGGCCCAAAUGACCCCGACAAUUAUUAUUGAUCAUAAUAAAGGAUAAAUAAAAGCAAAACAACAAAGA